GUUCUGAAAUCAGAUGAAGAGACCUUUAAGAAGGGGCGUGAGUCCCAGAGGAAUGUCUUCGUAACAUUUGUAGGGGACAGGAAGGAAACCUGUUUCAGAUGGAAAAUCUGUAAGAAAUUGUUUGUAACGCAAAAUGCAAGACAUCAAUCCGGAAAAAAAAUGUGUCUCGUGCAACAGUGACGCAAGGAGCUUGCUGAUGAGGCCGGGAGCAAAGAAAAGGGAUUUGAAAGCUGAUGUUUAACGCUGGAUGAGAGCAAUGGCACAGACGAUCAGUGGCGGCUCGUGGCUUAUAUUUCUGGUGGGGGCAUCACACAACGAAAUAUAAAAUAAAAUCUACAAAUUCUAAUACACGUCUUUGUGGUCAGAUGCAAAUAUCGGGGCUUUCAGCGUCAGUGUUAAUAACAUUGAAGUCGUUUUAACAACGCGAAAAUGCUAAAAUAUAUUCUUAGCAAAAUUAUUAUCUCACUGUAAUGAAGAAUAUUAAUGUGGGUCUUAAUUGAACAUGACGAGUAGCAGAACGCUUCCAUUUAAUCGAUGCUUAUUUAACGAAUAUCGAAAUGUUAUCAUCUUCCCGGCGUUUGAACAGCUUCCUCGUCAUGGGGGUCUUCUGCUAUUGAAGAGCGCCCCUUCUCGCUAGCUUUUCUUCCGUGGGACACAUUUUCAUUAAGAGGGUGGCAUAACGAUAAGGCUGAAACUGAAAGUUCCUUCUUUGUCGCAAUUUUGGCGUUCAAAGCGUUGAACUAGAAACGUAUUCUGCGAAUAAUUUAUCAUGUCAUCUGCGUGUUGUGUUAGGGAUUCUGUGAGUGCGCGUCUUGUCAACACACAUAAACUGUGAUAGUAUUUCAGUCAAUGUCGUAAGAGGGGGGGAAUUGCCUCGGGUGGCCCAAUUGGCGAGCGGCCACUGCAGGCGAUGCUACUCGGUUAAUCGUCGCUCGAGGCGUCCCUUCAGGUGGUUGAAGCAUUGAGUAGUCUUAAAGGUUUUCGUGGCUCAACAAGGGACGCAGGCGCCCUCGACAAACCAGAACAGGCGGGGCUUUAAGUGAGACUGGAAAGGAAGAAGGCUUGAUGGGCCGAUUCAGGCUGGCUGUACGAAGUGAGAAGCUGACUUCGCUGAGGAGAGUCCUUGAGAACCUGGAAAUUGGACGAGGGACCUCAGAUGAAAGGACGCAUGAGCGGGACAGACGACCAGUUCCAGAUCCUGUUCAUCUGCCCGGAGUUGAGAAAAAACAAACUUCAGACGUUGUUUAUCUUAGAUCCGUUUUAAUAUUAUAUUUCACUCACGUAGCAAAAUGGUGGAUGCAGUUCUCAGUUCCCCCGUGUCUCAAAUUGACACGUUCUGAGUGUGUGUUAGACCCUUCUUCAUCUGUUUAUAUCCAGACGUAUUUCACUGUUCCCUCAUCUGCAUAUUAUAGUUUUGGAUCUGUAGUUCUAAUUCGUGUUUCAACAGUGAAAAAUACGAGAAUGCAAGUGUACAGUCGCAAAUCAUGCCAUCAGCCCAGAGGCGCGAGCUUCGAACUGCGUCAGGGGCAGGAGGAAGGAAACAGCAUGCUGUCAGAUGUGUUUCCCGCCCGCGUGAAGGGAAAAGUGUUCCUUCUGAACAGUUUUCGCCCUGAGGCCUGUCUCUGCUUGUGCGUACUUGGCGGGUGUGCAGUAGCGGGACUCUGGCCACUGCGCGCGCGCGGCGUGGAUGAAGCCACUGUCAUGAUGCCCACCGUCCGACUGCAAGCAACUGUAGUCCUGUCGUCUGUCACUUCAAGUUCUUCCGGAAUAUAUCCGUCCGUACCACCCCAUUUGCCCAAUCGACGAGUCAAAGAAAACCAUUUUGAAGCAAGUCCAACGGAAAUCACCUGCAUUGUGUACUUGUUUCGGUCAGAAUUGGUAUUGCAUUAGUAAUGUCGACACAAACCACUUUUUUAGGUUAGGAGAAGGCAUUUGACAUGUUUGCGCGAAUCAAGUAUUUUGUCUUUACAACUUUACUCGCGAAUAAAACCUUUAUGACAAGACAAGGACGCACUGUUGAACGCCAUCUGCGAGAUUAACUAUCAAAGUUUCACCGAGUUCCCCAUAGAUGAUAGCACCCAUUGAUUUCCACUUCUUUGCAUGAAGGCACAGUCCGUGGAGUGGUUUAUCGAAGCGAAAUUGGACUUUUCGGAAGAACGCGUCGCAAAACGCCACCAUCAAAACCUGGUACAAACGGCUUUUAGGGAGACCGGAAGUGGUUUGCACAAGAGAGGUACAGGGCGUUCACGUGUGUCUGAUAGAAAUGUCGAGAGGACGCGCAGGGAUCUUUGUCCGCAGACCACGAAAGUCGACAAGAGCUGCAGCACGAGCAAAGUUGUAAACAUAAUUAAUAAACACCCUGUAUAGUGGCAUUGUUUGGAAAAUUAUUCCCACGACACUUAAUAAGGUCAGCACAAUGGUCAUAUUGCCUAAAGAUACUGAAAUGAUUAAUUAGUUGCUAAAAGUUUACAGACGAAACUCUGAAUUACAUAACACGAGUAAUGAAUAUAUUAUGAUGAUGAUUUCAAGCUCUAUCUGCUGUUGGCUGUAGGAACUAUGAGCUACGCCAAAAUCUGUUCAAGGAGUCUGCGUGUUGUGAUCCUGCCUGAUGAUGAUUCUUUGGGUUGUGAGGCAGCAAAGGGAGGGAAAGAACGAAGGAAUCAUUACGCAGAUAAGACGUGAGCGUCGGAGAAAUGAAACGGUUGCAGAUAAAUUUUAGGCGGAGCCAAGACGCGGUCGACGCUCGCGCACUGUAGCGACCGAUGGAGGAAAUGUCUUCAGAUGUUCUAGCUGCAAGAUAGUUUACUUACUCUUGGCGGGGGAUAGUAUCAGGAUAGGAGCAAAUAGCUGAAUUCAUUUUCUGCAAAUAGUGGCCGGGAAAUAUUUAUACAGCGGCCCCUUGAAAGUCGUGACGUAGAAUGCUGAAUACCACUCAAAGAGGAUCCGAACGCAAGAAGACACCGGCUUGAAAUACUUUGUUUGUACAUCUGCAGUUAUUUUCCGACGGAUGUCCUCGUCAGAAGAAGAACAAUGUCUCGAAAAAAUCCAACAUUAACUAAUUUUCGAAAUUCAACGAAAUAAAUUAUUUUCCUGUA